GGGUGAGAAGAUGUAGCGGCGCGAGGAGCAGCACCGCAGGGGGACGCGGGGCCGCACCAUGUCGAGGAGGGGCAGCAGCCGCGCCAGGCCCGACGCCUUGGCCGCCCUGCAGGCCGCCAACGAGGAGCUGCGGGCCAAGCUCACCGACAUCCAGAUCGAGCUCCAGCAGGAGAAGAGUAAGGUCAGCAAGUUGGAGAGAGAGAAGAAUCAGGAGGUGAAGCAAAUCAAAGAGCACGAGCAGCACAAAAGUACAGUGGUGGUCACAGAGCUCAAAGUCAAACUUCACGAAGAGAAAAUGAAGGAGCUCCAAGCUGUUCGGGAAGCACUUCUGAGACAGCAUGAGGCCGAACUGCUUAGAGUAAUAAAAAUUAAAGAUAACGAAAUCCAGAGACUCCAGGCCCUGCUGACUGCUGUGCGCGACGGGGCUCCCGACAAGGUGAAAACCGUGCUGCUCACAGAGGCCAAGGAGGAGGCCAAGAGGGGCUUCGAGGUAGAGAAAAUAAAAAUGCAGCAGGAAAUUUCGGAACUUAAGGGGGCUAAGAAACAAGUGGAAGAGGCUUUAACUAUGGUCAUCCAAGCUGACAAAAUUAAAGCCGCGGAGAUAAGGAGCGUGUAUCACCUGCACCAAGAGGAAAUCACCAGAAUUAAGAGGGAGUGUGAGAGAGAAAUUCGCAGGCUGAUGGAGGAGAUUAAGUUUAAAGACAGAGCAGUCUACGUGCUGGAAAGAGAGUUAGGGGUUCAAGCCGGGCAUGCCCAGAGACUGCAGCUCCAAAAGGAGGCUUUAGAUGAACAACUGUCCCAGAUCAAAGAGUCUGACCGGCACCUGGGCAGCCCCAAGCGGGAACUUCCUUAUGCAAGUGGUGCAGGAGACGCUUCAGAUCAUUCGGGAAGCCCCGAACAGCAGUUGGAUGAAAAGGAUGCCCGGCGCUUCCAACUGAAAAUCGCCGAGCUGAGCGCCAUCAUCAGGAAGCUGGAGGACCGCAACGCGCUGCUGUCGGAGGAGAGGAACGAGCUGUUAAAACGUCUCAGAGAAGCUGAAAGCCAGUACAAGCCCAUCCUGGACAAAAACAAGCGCCUCAGCAGGAAGAAUGAGGAGCUGUCACACGCCUUACGUCGCAUGGAAAACAAAUUAAAAUUUGUAACGCAGGAAAACAUAGCAAUGAGGCAAAGAGCAGGAGCAAUACGGAGACCGAGCUCCUUAAAUGACCUCGACCACAGCCAGGAAGAAAGAGAAGUGGAUCUCCUGAGACUACAAAUCAUCGAACAGCAGAAUAUCAUUGAUGAGCUCUCCAAGACCCUGGAAACUGCUGGCUACGUGAAGAGUGUGAUGGAACGUGAUAAGCUGUUAAGGUAUAGGAAGCAAAGGAAAAAAAUGACAAGAAUUCCUAAGAAGCCGGUGGUGGAGACGUUUUUCGGCUACGACGAAGAAGCCUCUUUGGAGUCCGAUGGUUCCUCUAUCUCAUAUCAAACGGAUCGGACGGACCAGACCCCAUGCACCCCUGAUGAUGACCUGGAAGAGGGCAUGGCCAAAGAAGAGACAGAACUGCGGUUCCGGCAGCUGACGAUGGAGUACCAGGCUCUGCAGCGCGCAUACGCCCUAUUGCAGGAACAGGUCGGAGGAACAUUGGAUGCAGAGCGAGAAGUUAAGACACGUGAGCAGCUCCAAGCAGAGAUACACCGAUCCCAGGCUCAGAUAGAGGACCUGGAAAAGGCCCUGGCAGAGCAGGGCCAGGACAUGAAGUGGAUUGAGGAGAAGCAAGCACUGUACAGAAGGAAUCAAGAACUUGUGGAAAAGAUAAAACAAAUGGAAGCAGAGGAGGCUCGCCUGAAGCACGACGUGCAGGAUGUCAAAGACCAGAACGAGCUCCUGGAGUUCAGGAUCCUGGAGCUGGAGGAGAGAGAAAGAAGAUCGCCUGCUAUCAACUUCCACCACGUUCCCUUCACGGAGGGGAAAAGCCCUCUCCAGGUUUACUGCGAGGCAGAAGGUGUCACAGACAUAGUAGUGGCAGAGCUGAUGAAAAAAUUGGACAUUUUAGGGGAUAACGCCGUAAGUAACCUGACCAAUGAGGAGCAAGUCGUUGUCAUACAAGCGAGGACGGUUCUCACGCUGGCUGAAAAGUGGCUCCAGCAGAUUGAGGUGACCGAGUCCGCGCUGCAGCAGAAGAUGCUGGAUCUGGAGAAUGAAAAGGAGCAGUUCAGCAAGCAGAAGGGCUACCUGGAUGAGGAGCUGGACUUCAGGAAGCAGUCCUUGGACCAGGCAAACAAGCAAAUUCUGGAAUUAGAAGCCAUGCUCUAUGAUGCCCUGCAGCAAGAAGCUGGAGCCAAAAUUUCCGAACUUCUUUCAGAAGAGGAGAAAGAGAAACUGAAGAGCGCGGUAGAGCAGUGGAAGCGCCAGGUGAUGAGCGAGCUGCGGGAGAGGGAUGCCCAAAUCCUGCGCGAGCGCAUGGAGCUCGUCCAACACGCCCAGCAGAGAAUUAAAGAGCUAGAAGAAAGAAUUGAAGGCCAAAAAAGACAAAUAAAAGAGUUAGAGGAAAAGUUUUUAUUUUUGUUUUUAUUUUUCUCUCUAGCUUUCAUUCUUUGGUCAUAGCCCUUCAGGCCAAAUGCAGAAGGUAAGCGCUCGGGUUGCACUGGGGUCCGCUCCUCUUCCCACGUGGCAC